AUGUCAACAAAAAAUAAUAUUAAAGUAGUAAAUAAAAAUAUCUCUGCAGAACGUUUAGGCUUACUUAGAGAAGAAUGUCAAAGAUUAGGGAGAAUUUUGGAAGAACAAAUUCAACAACACUAUUAUAGAUGUGGAAUAAACAUUAAUUUCCAUCAACAACAAAAUAACGUAACCAAUAGAAAAGCUUUAGCAACAAUUUUGAAAAUCAGCAAACCUCCUCAACUUCCAGAAAAAUUAAAAGAAAAAUCCCCUUCUCCACUAAAAUAUUCCCCUCCUCCUAUUUAUCAAUUUAAAAGAAAAAAUAAUUUUUUAAAUCAAAGUCCUUCCCCCUCAAAAAUUUUUUAUAAUUUUAAUCAAUUUAUUUUUCCACCAAUACAAAGAUGGCAUCCAACAGUUUGGCCAACAAAAAACAGAAAUCCUCCUAAAAAUAAAUUAAAAAAUAAUUUAAUAGAUGAAGUGAAAGACAGUGUUUCUAAAACCCGUAUUGUUGAAUUUCCUGCUAAUGCUACAAUUCCUAAACCUUUUUGGUUCACUAAACGGUAG